GGGAUGUAAACUUAAAAAGACGCACAGGCUCAGAAAUCUCCCAUGUUGACUAGUCAGACCGGCAGAGAGGAGCAGCAGGCGAAUUCACAGCGGAAGAUCGGCAAUGGCUAGAAGGAGACGAGGCCGAAGCAGCAACAACAACCAGCACAGAGAGACUCCACAGAACCGUAGAGGAGGAGGAGGCCCACGCAAGGCUCUGCGAGAACCAGCACCGUUUGCAAGACAAACAGGUUAUGAGACAGAGAUCCCACAUGAAAAGCUGACUAUUGCUCAAGCACGGAAGGGAACCCCAGCUCAACGGCCGGUGAGAGUGUAUGCUGAUGGCAUCUUUGAUCUCUUCCAUUCGGGACAUGCUCGGGCCCUGAUGCAAGCCAAAAAUGUUUUCCCAAAUACUUACCUGAUAGUUGGAGUGUGCAGUGAUGAACUCACCCACAAGUUGAAAGGCUACACUGUAAUGACAGAGGACGAGCGCUACGAAGCACUCAGGCACUGUCGUUACGUUGACGAGGUGGUGAGAGACGCUCCUUGGACACUUACCCCAGAGUUCCUCAAGAAACACAAGAUUGACUUUGUGGCCCAUGAUGACAUUCCUUACACAUCUGCUGGGUCAGAGGACGUUUAUAAGGACAUCAAAGAAGCAGGAAUGUUUGUGGCCACUCAGAGGACAGAGGGUAUCUCCACCUCUGAUGUGAUCACUCGAAUUGUCCGGGACUAUGACAUCUAUGUCCGCCGCAACCUGCAGAGAGGAUACACAGCCCGUGAACUCAAUGUGGGGUUUAUUAAGGAGAAUAAGUAUCGGCUUCAGAACCAGGUGGAUAAGAUGAAAGAGACUGUGCGAACGGUGGAGGAAAAGUCAAAGCACUUUGUGAACAGGGUGGAGGAGAAGAGCCAGGACCUGAUCCACAAAUGGGAGGAGAAGUCACGGGAAUUCAUUGGCAACUUCCUGGAACUUUUUGGACCAGAUAGUACAUGGCGUGCCAUCCAGGAGCGCAGUGGCCGCAUGCUCCAGGCCCUGUCACCCUACUCCUCACCGCGCGGCUCGCCCAGCAGCAGUCCGACCAGAAGACGUUCAGUUUCACCUGACUCACUCCCGCCCGCUGCCUCUCCUCCUUCCUCCCCAUCUUACCCCAAAAAGAGGAACCGCUCUUCUAUCAAAGCGGCCUCUGGAUAUUAGUUAUUAUUCCGGGACAUACUGUGUCUCAAAUGUGGCAUGUGUACAGAUUGAGUCCCUUAAUUUAUUAUUAGCGUGCUAAAUUGCAAGCGAGAUAUCAUAUUGUACAUAAUAAAAAAAUCCAAACCAAAA